UGGCAGGAGCAGUUUUGCUUUAAACCAAGCAUGCAUGAUGCUUCCAUCGCCAGCAACAACAACAUACAGCACCAUUGCCAAUAGUAUAGAGGACGAGACAGACAAAUGAGGAUCUACUAAUCGAGACGGCAAAAGACGCGGUAUAUUCACCAACAAAGCUGAGACUGAGAGUGGAAGAGACACGACACCACCAUAAUCCACCAACGACAGGAGUCAGGACUACAACCUCACAACAUUACGUUUUACUGCACUCGGAGAGAUAGACACACACGCACAGAAAUAUGGCAGAGGAGAAGCAGAGCUUAGGCGGUGGCGGAAGAGGAGAUGCGGUAGUGGUGGUGGACCCGAAGCCAAGGAAAGGGCUUACUUCGAAGGUGGUGGACUUUCUGGAGAAGCUCAUCGUCAAGUUCAUGUACGACACUUCUCAGCCUCACCAUUAUCUCUCCGGUAACUUCGCUCCGGUUCACGACGAGACCCCUCCCGCCACCGACCUCCUCGUCAAAGGCUUCCUCCCGGAUUGCUUGAAUGGAGAGUUUGUUAGGGUGGGUCCCAACCCAAAAUUCUCCCCUGUGGCUGCAUAUCACUGGUUUGAUGGAGAUGGCAUGGUUCAUGGUCUGCGCAUCAAAGAUGGGAAAGCAACCUAUGUCUCCCGCUAUGUGAGGACAUCUCGACUUAAACAAGAAGAGUAUUUUGGAGGUGCUAAAUUUAUGAAGAUUGGAGAUCUUAAGGGGCUGUUUGGAUUACUCAUGGUGAACAUGCAAAUGCUGAGAGCAAAACUGAAAGUAUUAGAUGUUUCAUAUGGAACUGGAACAGGUAAUACAGCUCUCAUAUAUCACCAUGGGAAACUUCUAGCACUUUCAGAGGCAGAUAAACCUUAUGUCCUUAAAGUUUUGGAAGAUGGAGAUCUCCAAACACUUGGCAUGCUGGAUUAUGACAAGAGAUUGACUCAUUCUUUCACUGCCCAUCCAAAGGUUGAUCCAUUCACUGGCGAGAUGUUUACAUUUGGCUAUGCACAUACACCACCAUAUAUCACUUACAGAGUAAUUUCAAAGGAUGGUUUCAUGCAUGACCCGGUACCAAUAACAGUACCAGAUCCCAUCAUGAUGCAUGACUUUGCCAUUACUGAGAACUAUGCAAUUUUCAUGGAUCUUCCAUUGUAUUUCAGACCAAAGGAAAUGGUGAAGGAGAACAAGCUGAUAUUCACAUUUGAUGCAACGAAAAAAGCUCGCUUUGGUGUACUUCCUCGGUAUGCAAAGGAUGAGCUGCUAAUCAAAUGGUUUGAGCUUCCAAAUUGCUUCAUAUUUCAUAAUGCCAAUGCGUGGGAGGAGGAGGAUGAAGUUGUUAUGAUCACUUGUCGCCUUGAGAAUCCAAAUCUGGACAUGGUCAGUGGGACUAUCAAAGAAAAUCUUGAAAACUUCUGCAACGAGCUGUAUGAGAUGAGAUUCAAUAUGAAAACUGGUCUAGCUUCACAGAAGAAGUUAUCGGCAUCUGCUGUUGAUUUUCCAAGGGUUAAUGAGAGCUACACUGGCAGGAGACAGCAAUAUGUAUAUGGAACCAUACUUGAUAACAUUACAAAAGUCAAGGGGAUUAUCAAAUUUGAUCUGCAUGCUGAACCAGAGACUGGAAAAACAAAGCUUGAAGUUGGAGGAAAUGUUAAAGGCAUCUAUGACUUGGGACCCAGCAGAUUUGGUUCUGAGGCUAUUUUUGUCCCUCGCCUGCCUGGCAUUACUUCUGAAGAAGAUGAUGGCUACUUAAUAUUCUUUGUGCAUGAUGAGAAUACAGGAAAAUCAUCAGUGCAUGUAAUUGAUGCAAAAACAAUGUCAGCUGAUCCUAUUGCAGUUGUUGAGUUGCCCCACCGAGUUCCAUACGGAUUCCAUGCCUUCUUUGUGACAGAGGACCAACUUCAAGAUCAGGCAAAACUCUGAUUUUCUGCCAGUUGGAGACUGCACAAUGUAUGUUAAAUAGAGAAUGAAGGCGGAUCCAUGUAAAUUAUACGCAAGAGACCUCUCUGGCAGCACUCACUACUUUGACGAUAUUGUUCCACACAUCAUACGGAUUGUAAUAAUUACUAUGUCGACCUGGAAGAAGUAUGUACGAUGUUUUUCUUCCCCGGUGACCUGAAGCAAAUUCAUGAUACUUCUUAAUAGCAGCCUUUACCUCUGUUAUGAUUUA